AUGAAAUCGCAUGAUUUCCAUAAAUUUAUCAGAAAUAUACAAUCAGAUAUUAAUAAUUAUGAAAAUGAAAUACCUAAUUUAGGAUAUUUACCAAUUUUUGCUCAAUUAAAUUAUAAUAAUUCUUCAUAUAAAUCUGUACCAGUAACAACAACCACAACACCAGAAGAUACAGUAAUAAAUGAGACUGAAACUUCAACGAAUUUCUCAUCAAUUUCAACAACAGAAAAAUUAGUCACUAUGUCACAUAUUACUACCAACAGUAAUCCUAAUAUAAAUAUAACAAAUGAAAUUCUUACACUACAAUCUAGUAUGAAUAAUUUUCUUUUAACAAUGAUAAAUUUUAUUACAUCUGAGAAUAAUACAAUAUCUUCAACAAUUUCAACAAUAAAUUCAACUAUUUCGCCAAUAUUAGCAUCUAAUGAAAAUUCAAAUUUAAUGCAAAGAAUGAUUAGUUCUAAUUUAAUAACAUCUACAUUUAGUAGUGUUACAUUUGCUCCAAUAAAUUCAACAGCAAGUUUAGCUACAGUUACAGUUUCUUCCCUUACUUUAGGACCACUAAUAUCAACAUUAGCUGCAGCGGCAGUAGCAGAUAGUUCAACAACUCCAAAUUCACCUGUUACAACUAGUAAAACAACACUUAAUACGUCACCAACUACUAAUCCGACAGUUUUAUCAACUUCUUCAAGUAUGGCACCGAAUACUGUAGUAACUACAGCUUUAACCAGUACACCGAAUAUUACCUCAUCUCUUGGAACAACAACAUCUAUGCCCUUAACUACUAUAAAAACUUCGGUUGCUACAACACCUGGACCUUCAACUUCACAAACAACUUCAGUUAAUACUACAACAUUGAACUCGAAUGCGACCCAGUCAACACCAACUACUCCUGCUGCAAUAACGACAGCAGCAAUCCCUCCAACUACUUUAACACAAGCAACUACUUCUAAACCUCUUGUUACUACUCAAAAAUCACUAACUUCAACAAUAACCACACCUUCUCCCGUUCUUACCACGAAGGUUAUAACAACGUCAACAACAGCGAGUACUGCGAAUUUAACAACACCCAUAACAAUCGGAAGUCCUUUUACAUUUUCGAAAUUAUAAAAUUUUAAGUAUGCAAGUAUUAAU